CCCCCCCCCCCCCCCCCCCCCCCUCUCUCUCUCUCUGACUGACUGCUUGCCCACGGCUGCCGCCGGGAAAUCCGCCAUGGCCGAGCCCCCACCGCCCCCUCUGGACCUCGAUAUCACUGUGAUCUCCGCCAAGCACCUCAAGAACGUCAACUGGCGGACCGGCACUCUCAAGCCCUACGCCGCCGUCUACCUCGACCCCGACCGCCGCCUCUCCACCCGCCCCGACGAGCACGGAUCCACCAGCCCCGUCUGGAACGACCGAUUCACCCUCCCCCUCACCACCCCCCUCGACGACGCCUUCCUCACCAUCGAGAUCUUCCACUCCAGGCCCUCCGAGACCCUGAAACCCUUGGUCGGUUCCCUCCGCGUCCCCCUCUUCGCCCUCAUCGACUCGGCCGAGUCGUCCCCCGACCGGAAUCACAAGCUCGAGCUCCUCCGCCCGUCCGGCCGCCCCCAGGGGAAGGUCAGGGUGAGUCUCGCUCUCCGGGAACGCCGUAGCUACAGCUCAGCCCCCGAUAGCAGCUCUUAUUUCUCCUCCGCCUCUCCUCCACCUCCUCCGCCGCCGCCGUAUCCCUAUGCGCGCGACUACAGGGACUUUUUCUCCUCUCCUCGCUAUGCUUACUCCGAUCAGUUCCCAGGCUACUACUACCACCACUACGCGGUUCCUCCUCCACCGGCAUGGCCGCACUUCAGCCGGCUUCCCGUCCACAGCCCGGCCCCUGCAGGCGGCCCCUCAGCUCCUCCAUUUGCUCCUGUGGACUUCUGCCAUCCCACCGCCACCGCGGACCCGAAGCUCGUGCCUCCCCCUCCCCAUUGGAUCUCUGAUCACAGCCCGUCGCCAUCCACCUAUCUGACGAGGUCCAACAGUUACAAUGCGAUGUUGAGCGGCCCCACUGCUCCUGAAGUACAGAGGCCGCCGUACGGCCAUGAAACUACGGGAUCAGUUGCUGAUGCUCUGGGAGGGAUGAGCCUUGGAGAAGGGAGCAGGCAUGAGGCUGAUUAUGCAUGGAGGAAGCAUCACGCUCAAAGUAGCAGCGAGUACCACCGCGGCUAUUGACUCUGAACUCUGCUGAGAGUUGAAAGAGUGGGGAUGUUGCUAAAUAGCUUGUGCUUUUCUGCCUAUGGUAAUCUGUAGAUUUCACUGCCUGUCCAUGUACAUCUGCUGCCUGAUUAAUCUGAUGGGUUGUUAUCUUUUUCUUUUGCUUGUUCCCAUUGUCAAGCUUGGAACUUGGUCAAAAGCUUGGGUACAUAUCUAUGUCAAUAUGUAUGUGAAUGUUGGAGGAAUUAUUAUUUUCUAUGGUAAUGAUUUUGAAUGUUCUCUUUCU